AUGUCAACCACCGUAGAUCAAGUGCGUGGCUUUUUGUCUGAAAGUGGCUUGAAUAAAGACAAAGACAUGUCUUUUCAAUCGGCUCUUGAUCUACUCGAGAUCUUACUUGCUCACAAGUGCUGCUCUCGUUGUUGUCUUCGGUACCUUGGUUGCCCAAGUUUUGGGCUUUAUGUGGUUGAUGAAAAGGAAACACACGCAUCUUUCUGUCAAAUUUUACAAGCAGAACGUCAAAAGACAUUUGAAUUUGAGGACGAAAGAAUCUGUACAGCCUGUGUAGGAUCAAUUCAGUUUGCAGAAUCAUUCGCAGAUCAAGUGAUUGAGAGAAUCAAACAAGAAAACUACCAAGUCGAUAGCAGUGCUUUGUUCUGUACAUUACCUAUCAGUAUUUUGCACCGUGAUCAUUUUCUUAAGUUACAUGCAGUAAACACUCUUCUUGCAGAACCUAAGGAAUAUACUGAAGCGUUUAUUCGUCAUUGGCAAGAAGCAUUUGUUCGGGAUCCCAAAGACUUCUUUAGAUAUAUUCUUGCUUCACAAUUGAAGGAAAAGAUCAAUUUUGUGUUAGACGCUGAUUCACCUUUGCGUAUGACAGUUGUGAUUGGACAUCCAUCUUCUUCUAAAGAACAUUUAUUCUUGACCCAAUUAAAGCAGCCUUUGCUAAAUGUUCGAACCAUUCGACACAAGAAAAUGAGAAUGACUGUAGGUGAUUCAAGACCUAAUAUUACAGAGGCACUUAAGAAACUAGACAAUAUAGAAGCCAAAGAACUCACAGCCAUUCCUCCUGUCUUUGUGACUGAAAGAGCCACAUUUGAAUCAGCAACAUUCUUGAACAACUCGUGUUAUGUAGGUGGUCGUUACCUAAAGUUUUCCCGAGAAUACAGUCAAACCACAUGGAUUGUACGAGGACAAAAACUGACCGAGAACUCAGUCUCUGAAGUCUUUUCUGACAUUAUCAAGAAAUACCAUCGUGCUGAUGAUACCAAGUUUUGUACAGCUGGUAGAGAAGAUGCUAAUGUGCGUAUGUUGGGAACAGGCCGGCCCUUUUAUUUUGAAAUCGUGAAUCCUAGAGUACCUCAAUUAGCUGAUGAAGACUAUAAGAAAAUGCAAGAUGAAAUCAACAGCCAACCACAACACAAGGAUCAUGUUCAAGUACGACAUUUAAGCCCUGUUAAACAAGAACAUCUUCGUAUUAUCAAAGAAGGUGAAGAAACCAAGACAAAGCAAUAUAGAGCACUUGUCUGGCUUUCUGAACCAUUGACAGAUGAAUUAGUCGAACGUAUCAAUCAGAGUGGGUCUUGUCCUUUUACUAUUCAACAAAAGACACCUGUACGUGUAUUUCAACGUCGUUCAGCUGCUGUUCGACCUAAAGUGAUUCACACGUCUACUAUUUCAAGGCUUCAUCCCGAUGUAGACAUGAGCAGCCCUCAAGCUCGAUUUGGUGUAUUGAAAUUACAUACACAAGCAGGCACUUAUAUCAAGGAAUAUGUCCACGGUGAUCUUGGUAGAACACAACCCAAUUUAGCAUCUGUAGGACAAAUUCACUCUGCUGAUUUGUUAGAAUUAGAUGUGAUGGAUGUAGAUUUAGUAUGGCCACCUGUAUUUGAACAAGAGCCCACUUCAGGUAGAGUGACUCCUAGUGAAGUGUCAAAUGAGAACAAUAAACGAGUAUUAGUGUAA